AUGACAUCAGAUAUGAAACUCUUAACAUGCGUCAAGUGUUUGGGGAAUGAGACGUUAUGUCGUGAUACAUGCAAAGGAUAUUACUGUUAUAAAUAUGAAAUGCAGGCAAAACCUGUGAAAAGAGGAUGUUUGAAUGACACGGAUCCACUCUCCAGGGUAAACGAAUGCUCAUUACGAAGUCAUGAAAUUGGUCGACUUCGUGUUGUGGAGAAUUUCUGUAUCUGCACAUCAGACAGGUGCAACAUUGCCCCAAACUACAUGAUCUUCUCCGUGCUGUGUACUACCCUGAUUUCACUUAGUCGUGUAAUGUUGUGA